AUGGACGCACGGUGGCAACACACAAACUUGGAUGCCCUACGCACACUAAAGCUCAAGGACAACGUCGAUGCUGGCACACUGGAAUGGACUGCGAAACAUGCUAACUUCCCAUCGCUAUCUGCUUUAGAGAUCAGAGCUGGAUCCGGCGGCAACAGGUCUGAUACUGCCACUCUGCUUCAAUCUCUGCCAUCGCUGAACGAGUUGGCCUUUACUGGGGAUGUCUGUGAAUCCACGUUAAGCGCGAUCGUGAGUCAUCAUGGACACUUUUUGCGGCGGCUCCCGGUCCCUCGGUCCGCAAGCACCAUCGAGAGCCUUCAGAUUCUCCGUAAGGCCUGUCCAUUGCUCGAGCAUUUGGGUGUACGGAUACUUCGCACGCAGGGCGAUAAGCAUGAGGCCGGACUCUAUACAUGUCUGGGUAGCUUUACCAAGGUGCGAAGUCUGUGCUUGGACCUGGAUUGUUCUAUCACAGUCCACAAUGAGAACACACUUGAUGACCUCAGCUGGAGCGGAAUCACCCAGGACCCGACAUAUAAGGAGCUUUGCACGCGCCGUGUGCUCGUCAACUGUGCGAUCGAUGCCGCUCUGGUCACUGCAAUCUUCCGCCGAAUCGCUGCGGCUAAGCCGAAAAGUUCUACUCGGUUGCAGAGUAUCGAAUUCAACGUCGUUGGAGUGGGCACCAUCUGCUUUAGCGACGCGCAGGUUUCUGCUGGGGAAUUAGAUUCCCGUUAUUCGGGAUUCGAUACCACUAGAUUGUAUCCUCUUUAUCAACACUUUGAGCGGCAGUGGAAGUGCGCUCUCAGCCCAAGAGACGACGAACCAGAUGGAAUUAUCACCGAAGAGCUGAAAGGCAGUCAGGCUAGGCGCAUGAGGUACGAAGAUAUUCUCGGUGGCAGGCCACCCGAAAUGGGCGAUGCAGAGCCUGAGUUCUGUGCGCUGUGGCCUAGAGAACCGAGCCAAGAUUGGAGAGAUGUUUGGAGCAGUCUACCCCUGGCAGAGGCAUAA